AUGCAGCCGUGGUCGGGCGGCCGUCGUGAACGCUCGUCCAGCGUCGUGCUGCUGGGCAAGCUGUCGGCUAUCGUGCGGCGUGGCAGUGUAUUCCAGGCCGAGCCCGAGGACUUGCGGUGCAGCAACAGCAGCUACAGCAGCAACAACAGCGAGGAAAAGGAGAGCGAUGACGACAGAGCGACACAGCGAAAAGACCGACACGCGCGGCGCCGCAGCGUCGGUGCGCCCACGAUGCAGGCGAAUAUGACCAUGUGGGACCCCAAAACUAACGGCCGCGGCACGAGUCAACGGCUCCAGUUUUAUCCGGCACGGCCACUAGUAGCGGCUGCGUUGGCAAAGCCGUUGAGUCAGGGGGAACUGAUGCGAAGAGCGACGCUCGAAGCGGAGAUGAAGGAUUUUGACACUAUGCACGAAAGGUUCGCACCGUCGUCGACGCCUCAGAACGACCAGGAAGACAAGAAGGGCAUCCAACAAGUGGGAGACAUGGACAACAACGAACAGGAGAACAUGGAAGAGGAGGAACGACGUUUUGCGCAUCCUACUGAGGCUGGAAACGAUGGUAAACGAAACGGCGGAGCGUUUGCAGAAGACGAAAUGCUGAACUUUGACUCGAUCCACAUGCCGUCGAGCGUGCGCAGGUUGAUGAGCCGCAUUAUGAGCGAGAGCCUUAUGAGCGAGUCCGAUGUGCCUGAAGAUAUGUCAAACCAAGAUGAUGGCGACGAGGACGAUGACGACGAGGACUAUGAUGAAGAAGACGUAGAUCACAUCGACGACGUGGAGGAGCUUGAACUGGUCGAGAACAGCUCUGAGCUGGACGAGGAACGAUCCAGCAGCGAGCAAGAGGAGACGAUAGCUCAGACAGAGCAAGAUUCGAGUCCAACCAAGCACCAUUUCCUAGAGCGUCGACAAACUCGCCUGCUGAGCUGUGCAGCCGAACAUGCAGCUUUGUCAGCACAGGACCAGCUUACAUCAAGUGUGCGACGGCUGGUGAUCCAGUUGAAAGACGACUCGGAUCAGAUGAGCAAACCACUGGCCCAAUCUCAUGGCUUACGUCUCAAAUCGAGACCGGCUCCGACACGGAGGCGAGCUGGGUCAUGUCCGACUGCUUAUGAUCUUGGCGUCCCGUCACCAGUCGAUGGGUCUUCGAUGCCGACGCCGCCUCCUUUUAGUCCCGCUCUGGCCCCGCAGGAGAUACACCCUGGCAAGAAACACAAGAAAAGCGCGUUCUCAAGGAUCGGCCCGCGUGUGCUGGAGACUCUUCAUUUGCGCAAGAAGCGCAAGACGUACUUGUUCACAGACGAAGAGCUCGAGACGAUUGAAGGAGCUCGAUGGAAGAUCGUCGAGUUGGCCUUCCGCUUCGGCGGCAAGCACCGGUCGUAUCUGGUACAGGCGAUCAAUAUGUUCUUCCCUCUUCUGAAAUAUGGACGACGUGGAGGUGCACAUGCCACCAGACUGCAUUGCAACUGCUGUGGUACGCUGCAGUGGCAACAUAAGCGUGGUGGUCUCAGUGAAGCCGUAGAUUUGGCUGAAGUGCUGCAAGUGCUGGACGGACGACAGACGGCUGUGUUUCGCAAAGCUCAAGCCAUCGAGACUGGCUGGUCAGUGCACUACGUACACUCGUGGCCUAUGCAAGGCGUCAGCGACGUAUCGAGCAGCAAGCCAUAG